UGGAUAUAAACACAACGGAGAAUACAAACAUUAGGUAGGUACAAUAAAACAAGGAUAAAACUAAAAUAAAACCUGAUAAAGCGGUGAAAACAUACUUUGUAAAGAGGAUUUGUGACACAUUUUGGGACAUUUGCUUAAAUCAGACGUUUUUUCUUUGAUUUUUGGAGAGUUAUUUAUAGCUUGGUGUCAAAAGUAAUGGCAAAGGAGCCGGGCGUGGUGAGAUAUGAUCCGAACACGGAGGCGUUUCAAAUGCGUGCGCAAUGGAAAAAGGUGGAAAAUUGCAAAAUGCAAUGGGCUGAGCGGUGGGCCUGGUUAUUGGAUGAAGGAAAACAAGCUAAGAGCGAGGCGGAUGCUAUUCAUCAGGAGACAGCCGCUGUUUUGCCACGUGUCGUGGGCAAAUCAGAAUCACAGAAAUCAUUGAAACCGGUGCCCAUCACAUCAACGGGCAUUAUCGGAUGGCUCGCCGCCAAGCCGGACUGUCAACUAGAGAUAUAUACAUCUUGGAUAACAAAGGUUCCACUCCGCAUUCCGGAUACAUGGGACAACAAUAACUACUUCGGACAGGGGGAGCAGUGAACUAUCCC